CUGCGCUUGCUGUGGCUCGGGUCCCUCAGUGCCGCGGCGGCCCGGAGGUGGCGGGAGGACGGCUCCGCGCUGCAUGCGGGGCGGGGACCAGGGGACCCGUGCGGGCCGCCUCCAGAGAAUGAGGCUGCCAACCUUGAGAGCACCACCGUUACCUGGUUGAAGAGGGGAGGGGAAGUCCAGCAUUGGCCUCUGCAGCGUGGAUCUCCCGGCCAGGCUCUCAGCUGUCAGGUGAGUCUCACCUCACACCUCCCAGAAGACAUCGACAAUGGCAGUGAAUGGAGCCAGGAGGACCCGGAGUGUGGGCUUGCCACUGAGAAACUGAGGCCAGGAGUAAGUGAGAUUUUGGGGAGCUGGCAGCUGAGCAACGGGGGAGUCCCUGUUGCUUGGGGAAGGGGGACCAGGGAGGGCCUUAGCCAGGGGCACAGUGUUUUAGGAGCUAGUGUUGGGGAGGAACAGUGAUGGGGGCAGGCAGAGCCUGGGAAGCUGUUCUCUGGGGUCUGGGUGGUGACAAUUUGAAGAGGGACAGGAGGGCCUGCCUAUGUCACUCCAUUUACCCUUUCGCAUCUGCAGAGAGCUGGGGGCCGGCCAGUAGGUGCCAGCUGUGGGGUGAUCGCUCUUUGGCCCAGUUCUCCCCUUCUCUCCUCCUGGGAACUGCCAACCUCCAUUUCUUCUCUGUUCUUCCAGAUCCUACAACCAGAACUCUGCGCCCCAGGAUGGAGGCUCCAGCCCAGAAGGCUGGGCAGGGAGGAAUCCCCAAGGCCGAUGCCCAGGGUGCCUCCGGGGCCCAGGAGAAGAGGCCCGAGGAGCCAAGGCCUCUCGAAGAGGACCGAGCUGGGAGCCGCCCCACUCAAAAGGGGGACCUGCGUGGAGCGGCGGGCGGUAGGACGACUCCCCCAGGCGGGGGCUCCCAGGGCUGCAGCCUCGGGGUCAGCCCCGGCCCGGGGACCCGGCACAGCGCCGGGACCAGACCCCUCGUGCGGGAGCCGUGCGGCCCCACCUCUUCUCAGGACCCUGAGCUAGUUAUCCCCGAGGGGCUGCAGGCCCAGGAGGGCCCCUGUAGGAGCCCGGCGCGUGGCGGGGACUGCAGCAGGAACUCCUGCCUGGCGCGGCAUCGCGGGGCGCCCGCUGGGGAGACGCCACCUGUGUGUGACCCCUGUCCGGAGCGGCUCCGGAACCGCUCCUGGACUCAACUGUGUGAGGUCCACACGGACUGUUGGCCGUGCCAACCGGGGACUGGCGCUCCGACCUGCCCGAGGACCCCAAAGCCGACCUCCCGCGGGAGAAGCCCCUUGGUGGAGCAGCCCCGGGCUUGCGCUUGCGGCGAGGCCUUUGCGUGGAGGGCCGUGCGGAUCCCCCAGGAGAGGCUGCCUGCGACGGAGGACCCCCGUCCGUGUGCCCAGUGCGGGAAGCGCUUCCGCCCCAACCAGCAGCAGCAGACGGGCAAGAGCCCCCCCGUGUGUCCUGAGUGCGGCCAAACCUCGCGACCUCGCCCGAUUGUUCCCGGCCCCCCGGCCCAGCGACUGUACGCUUGCGACGAGUGCGGCAAGGCCUUCACGCGCACCUCCAGCCUGCUGCAGCACCAGCGCAUCCACACGGGCGAGCGGCCCUACGAGUGCGCCGAGUGCGGCAAGGCCUUUGUGCGCUGCUCCGGCCUGUACCGCCACCAGAAGACGCACUCGGCCGAGCGCCACCGGCGUGGCCCCGUCCUGGCCCGGCGCGCCUUCUGGCUGGGGUGCCCGCCCUGCGGGGACUGCAGCGAGCGGAGUCCCCGACGGGGGUCGGGACCCGGGGAGAAGCCGUACGAGUGCGCCGACUGCGCCAAGGCCUUCGGGCUGUUCUCGCACCUCGUGGAGCACCGGCGCGUGCACACCGGCGAGAAACCCUACGCGUGCCCCGAGUGCGGCAAGGCCUUCAACCAGCGCUCGAACCUGAGCCGGCACCAGCGCACGCACAGCAGCGCCAAGCCCUACGCGUGCCCACUGUGCGAAAAGGCCUUCAAGGGCCGCUCGGGCCUGGUGCAACACCAGCGCGCUCACACCGGCGAGCGGCCCUAUGGCUGCCCCGAGUGCGGCAAGACCUUCCGCGGCUGCUCCGAGCUGCGCCAGCACGAGCGUCUGCACUCGGGCGAGAAGCCCUACAUCUGCCGCGACUGCGGCAAGGCCUUCGUGCGCAACUGCAGCCUGGUGCGCCACCUGCGCACGCACACGGGCGAGCGGCCCUACGCGUGCGGGGAGUGCGGCCGCGCCUUCAGCCAACGCUCCAACCUCAACGAGCACCAGAAGCGGCACGCGGGCCGCGCCGCGCCUUGACUGCAGGAGCCCAGAGUCGACGCGUCGCCCAAGCGAACCCUGCGUCGAGGAGGGGCCUUUGUCCCGGAAAACCCACCAACGUUUGUAACCUUAAUUAAACUUCACUUUCUACA